AUGGUACUUGACCAAAAUGUAAAGAUAAGAGAUAGGAAGCAAGGCACAACACCGGGGGGAAACCAGUGUUACCUGAGCCCAGAGCUGUGUCAGGAGAAGCCCUAUAACCAGAAGAGUGAUAUUUGGGCCCUCGGUUGUGUCCUUUAUGAAAUGCUGACUUUGAAAAGAGCUUUUGAAGCUGAAACGAUACCAGCCCUGAUCAUGAAAAUCAUGCGAGGGAUCUUUGCCCCCAUCCAUCCACGCUACAGUGCUGAGAUGCGCUCCUUGGUCCACCUGUUGCUCCACAUGGACCCUGCUCAGCGCCCCAAUAUUCACCAGGUGAUCAGCCAGCCCCUCAUCUUCCCCACACUAUUCAAGCUGCACGCUGACUUGGGGAUGGUGCGCUGUGUGUCCAGACCCCUCCGUCUUUCGUCAGUGGGCACACGCACCCGUUCCUCGAGGGGGAGUGAGGACUCCACUGAUAGAGAAAAAAAUGAGGGUGAGAAGAAGGGAGUGAACGAGGAAACGAGGAGUGUCGACAAGGAGGUGGUGAAGCAACCCGCAUUUUAUCGUCUGGCCCCGAGCACAACUGUCCUGCGCGGGCACCCCCCCAUGGGGGGUUGUUCUGCCACCUGCACCAUCCCCUCACUUCCCCGGACCGGACACCAGCGCACCUCCCAAGUCAGGGCAGGUGAAUAG